AUGUAUCAGCUGAGGGUCUCUGUGCUUCUCCUCGUUCUGCUUGUGUUGCUGCGCUGUGUCACCGCCGCCCCAGGCCACAGGUACUUCAGCCCCAGCUCAUCCAGCGAGCAGGAGAGUGCUUUUCCAGACAGCGAUGGCUGGCUAACUGCGGGGAUUAUUUCCAACCCUUUCCUUGACCUUAUAGGUACAAGGCCACAGAGAGGGCCCACAUCUACGAAUGGCCAUCACAUAGAGAAGAGGAAGUGUAACACAGCCACCUGUGUGACCCAGAGGCUAGCAGACUUCCUGGUCCGGUCCAGUAACACUAUUGGGACUGUCUAUGCACCAACCAAUGUGGGAUCUGCCACCUACGGCAAGAGGGACGUGCUGCAGCCUCCCAGAUACCUGCCUCUUUAG